AUGGCCACCGCCAUGGCCGACGGCACAGAUCUGCGUCCCGAGGCGACUCCCGAGAUCCCCGGCCCGCCACCGCUCGAUCCGGAAACGGCUUUUCGCGAGUCCCUCUUCGACGCCAUGGCCGACGACGAGGCAGCCUCGUACUGGGAGCACGUCUACGGCCAGCCCAUCCACGUCUACCCCAACGAAAAGGUCGGCCCCCAGGGCGAGUUGGAGCGUAUGACCGACGACGAGUACGCGGCCUACGUGCGACAAAAAAUGUUUGAGAAGACGCACGCUGGGCUCCUCGAGGAAAAUGCCCGCCGCGAGGAGCAGCGCAAGCGCAGGGAGCGCCAGCGGCAGGACAGGCGCCGCGAGCAGGACGAGCACGCGCGCCGCAGCCGCAAGCUCCAGGACGACGUAGAGCUGAGCCUGCGCCGCGGCGAGGCACGCAAGCUGCGCAAGGAAUGGGAUGGCCUCUGGGCAGACUACGCCGACGGCUGGGCGGCGUGGAUGGCCAACUGGCUGGCUGCCGUGGCCGGUCAAAGGGGGCGGCGCAAGGACAUCACGGAGGAGGAUGUCCGGACGUUUUUCGUCCAGGGCUUCAACCUCCAGGCAGUCGGGGAGCGGGCCUUUGCCGCCCAGCUCAAGGAGGAGCGCGUCCGCUGGCACCCGGACAAGAUCCAACAGCGCCUUGGCGGCGUGGUGGACAGCGACGUCAUGAGGGAUGUGACGGCCAUGUUCCAAAUCAUCGACCGACUCUGGGGGCAGACACGAUAA